AUGGGGGCCGACGGCCACGGGGCGGGCGGCCCGGCCCGGCGGCCUCCCCCGUACAGCCAGGACGGGCGGGGGGCUGGGGGUGCUCCGGAGGCGCGGGAGGCCCGGGAGCCGCUGGACUGCUGGGCUUGUGCGGUGCUGGUCACGGCCCAGAACCUGCUCGUGGGCCUCUUUAACCUGCUGCUGCUACUCACCGUGCUGGCCGCCGUCCUGCUGCCCGCCCUCAUCAUGCUCGGCUUCGGCUUCCUCUGCCACUCGCAGUUUCUUCACGCCCAGGUGCCGCCCUGUACCAAGCACCUGCGGGACCCCAGCUUCACGGCGCUGUUGGUGGUGGGCUUCAUCCUGCUGGUGCCCCUGCUGGUGCUCGCCCUGGCCGGCUACCGCCGCCUCUGCCGCCGCCUGCGCCUGGCCGACUGCCUGGUGCCCUACAGCCACGCCGUCUACCGCGGCCUUCCGUCCCCGCGCCCCCGGCCCCUUCGCCCGGCCGCCCUGGUGCCCGGCCCGCGCGCCACGCUCGACGCCCCCUCGGCGGGCAAGGUCUGGGUCUGACCGGGGGGCAGCGGCCGCUGCUGCCGUCGUGCGCUCACGCCCACCCACUCCCGGUGCCACCUGGCCAGCCUGGCAGAGGGGCAGACUGACCGAGACCAGGACCCGCUUCAGACAGAUGGGAGGAAACGGAGACGAAGAGGAGACAUCUGCCAGAUGUACCUAGAGAGGCCCAACUGCUAGCAGACCCUACUAUCCCCACCCCCAGACCCCCUAAACACUCCUUAUCAGGAUCCUGGCCGGGAGGAUCCAUCACAUCUGGCCCAAGACGUCAACGCUUGCGCGAACGAGGGUUACAGCUGCGACUGAAUUCUCCCACCCCUGGGGCAGCAGAACCAGACCCCCAGGCACCAUCCGCACCCCGGAGGUCCCCCCGAAAGAGGCUGCCCUUCUCUGCACGUUUGGAUCGGACUCCAGGGAAAGAGGUGGGACUGUGGGGUGGAAAGAAGGCUGGGUGAGGGUGAGGGGGGAGGAAGGGUUAAUAAUAAAGUAUCACCCACAUGUUCAAA